AGACUUCUUGGGAAAGAACCGUGACGUCACAGUUUCCUGCAGAUUUUGCAGAAGCAAGAGCGUUUGUUACUGCUGCACAUACAAGCUGACCAAGGAUGUUUAUUCUUUAAAAUUACAAAAAUAAAAAGGACGAUGUAUUUUUAAGAAAGCAUGUCGUAGUGAAAAUAGAGGACAAUAUCGAUAAUUAUCUAAAGGAGACGUGAGUAAUUAUACAUAUUUACGAGUGGUUAAAAAGGAAAACAAAAACAAAUCGUAUCUUUUUUUCGAUCUAUAUGCAAUUUGAUAAUAAGGUAUUCGGCAGAUGUUAGUGCAGUUCGCCAAUUUUAUACAUAUUAAUCAGGCAACUAAAAAGCGAAAUAUUGCAGCCACAUAUGCUAAUGUAGAGGAAUCAUGGAUAGCGAGUCUUUGACGAAUCAGUUCAGAAAAUCUUUAAAGGAAAAGGGAUCGAAAGCACGUGAAAAAUUAACUGCUGUCAAGAACAAGGCUAUUGAAGUGGGGGACAACACAGCAAGUGUCGCAGGAAGAGUUAUCACUCCUCUGGAUAAUCUUGCAGAUAGUAUAGCAGCGUCAGUUGCACCAAAACCACGUUCCGGUUCGUCAGAAUCAAAUAAAGAUCCUCUGCGUUCACCAAACAAAUCCUCACCGGCCGAAGAAAAAUGUCCUGUCCUGCAAGAUAAUGUUUGCAAGAAAACAUCAGCCCAGCCUCUUGGCACCUUGGAGUAUUUCGUAAGUAGACAAUCUUUUGAAAUAGUCGAUAUAGGAAUGCAUAUAGGAAUGCCCUCUCGUAAGAAGCGUUUAGAGAUAACCGAAAAUGAACCAUCUAAUAUUACAACAGUUUUGCCUGACGUAUCGGAUCGAGAUACGUUGACGUCAAUCGCUGCGCAAUUCGACACUACUCCAUCAGAAUUAAAGAAGAUCAAUAAGCUAAUGAAUCAAUUUAUUUUUGCUGGCCAGAAACUGUACGUUCCCAGUAAAGAUUAUGCUACUCUUAGUGCGACCUGUUCAUCACCUAAAAGUCCCAAAAGUCCAAAGGAUAAAGAGAAAGAAAAGGAAAAGGAAAAAGAGAAAGAUGAUGAGGAAAAGCCAGCUGCCAGCCCAAAUAAAUCACCUAAUACACCGGACGGAACGGCAGCCGCUAUGCGACAAGCAAGCAAACUACCAGGCCAUGCCGCCAGGGUAGCAGCUGGCGUUGGAAAGGAACAGGGUGGAGAAGGCGACUCCAAAUUAGACGCCGAAUGUCUUGAAAGAUUUAUCAAGGUCUCUGUCAAGCAUAUUACCGACGGGGAAGGAGUGGUCGCGGGUACUUUACUGGUUACGCCUAAUGCUGUUAUGUUCGAUCCAAAUGUCUCUGAUCCGUUAGUUUUGGAGCAUAGCGCUGACAAGUAUGGAAUGAUGGCACCCAUUGAAACGGUCAUGUCAGCCGCUAUUUAUCAUGAUAUAGCAGCAAUGAGACUGUCGACAAGUACUGACGAGCCAGUCCAGUCAGAAGUUUAUCACGUUAGUGAUUGCCCAAAUAACGAAAAUUGCUCCUGUGCACAAACUGUUUUAGAAGAACCGAGCGAAAAUGAGGAUAAGGACAAAGGGGAAAAGAAGGAGAAAUUAAACGAUCACCAAAAGGACGAAGAUCAAGAUAAAACUCUUGAAGGGAAUAGUGUCGAAAGCGGUCUGGGAGAAGACAUUACCUCAAAUGACAAUGACGAAAGCAAAACAAAAAAGACUCCCUGCCCUAUCAGCAUUCCAGCACAGGCUUCAGGGGAUAGUGAGAGUGGACCGAAAUCCGGGUCACUUAUUGGUAGGACACUUGGUUCAUUAGGAUCGUCAAUUGGGUCCUUUCCUGCUUCACCUAAUCUAUCGUCGUUUGUGGAUUUUUCUUCAGGAUUUUUUAAAGGUGCUACCAGUGAAGAAAGCAGUUCUAGCGAGAAAGAAACGUCUGUCGAGAGUGCAGUCAAAGCGGACGAAAAGCCUGAAUUAUUCAAAUCGUUAGAAGAACUGAUUCCAAGGCCAGCGGCACAAUACGAACAUCCGCCAUUAUAUUUAUGCUUGAAGAUUGGAAAACCUUUAAAUAAACGGGUUUCUGAGGCCUGCCCAUUCGAAUCCUACGGGAGAAAGAGAAAAAAACCAGAAUACUGGUUUUCUAUACCAAGAGAUAAGGUGGAUAAUCUAUACGCCUUCUUCUUACAUUGGACGCCUGAUAUAUACGAUUCAGACGACAUCGAUCCAAAAGAAAAAGGUUUUGUUGUUAUCGAUGACGACGAUUUAACAGAGACUGUUGAGAUUGUUGAGGAUCAUUUCGAGAGAAAGGGUAGCAAAAGAGCCAAAAACUGGGAGGAUGUUAAGGAGACUCGUUGUGAAAAAAAAAAGGAAGAAAAGGAACAGGAGGAGGACGAGAAGAUGAGAAUGACUCGAAUUAAUUCAGCUGUUGACUGUUUGAUGUUUGUCGACGAGUACUAUGAACCGGGGGAGCCGGGAUGGCAGUUUGUAGGCAAAUUACCCUGGUGGGAGAUCGUUAAUGUUACAGAAGCUAGACGUCGAAUGUCUUUAGCUGAAGACGAAAUGACACCGUUACCGGAAAUGCGAUGCCUGGUCAAGAAUCUUCCAGCACGAACAGUUGGUUAUCCAUGGUCGUGCGUGUAUAGUACAGAUAAACACGGAUUUAGUCUCAAGUCGCUCUAUAGAUCGAUGAAAGGAAUCGACUCUCCUAUUUUGAUCGUAAUAAAGGAUACGUCGAACAACGUGUUUGGUGCUCAGGUUUCUUGCGCUUUGAAGGUUAGCGAUUACUUCUAUGGGACUGGCGAGUCUUUCCUUUUCACCUUCUUUCCGCAAUUUAAGAAAUUUGCUUGGUCUGGUACCAAUCAGUUCUUUGUCAAAGGGAAUUUGGAGAGUUUGGCUAUCGGCAGCGGCCAAGGCUCAUUUGGUUUAUGGUUGGACGGCGAUAUUUAUCAUGGUCGAACGCACCACUGCGAAACUUACAAUAAUGAUUUGCUCACGUCCCAAGAAGAUUUCGUAGUUAAAGGAUUAGAAGCUUGGUCGUUUUCCGAUUGA